UCAAGCCAUUCAAUCUUCAGGAAGAUCGAAGGGGCCCGUAUCCAGAAAUCCAAGGAGAAAAUCGCCACCAGGAAAAGAUAUGUUGUCUGCAUGAAUGAUCCGGUGGAAAACUAUGACUUUAUAUCGUUGAGCAUUCCAAUGAUAUCCUAUGCUCCGAAGUUGACCUUAUUCCCCGUCUCCAGUCUUGCAUCAGGCCAGGAAUUGGAGGCUAGAGGGCCGAGUGCUUGGACGGUCUUUCCCAGUCCGGGAGCAUCAUUUAGAGCAUCAUUUAGAAUCCCAGUGCUUGAUUCCUUCUUGAUCAUAUCCAAUUUCGCAGCCGCACUUCUUCAAUUCCUCUGCGGACGGAGGGGUGUACUGCUUGAUGCUGCCAAUUCGAUCAAAGUCACUAGUCAUGAUGUGUUUGUUUCUUCUCUUGCCCGGCCCGAUGGCGGUGAGUCUUUGGAUGGCUGGUCUAUUGAUCUUGUUCCUCCAUGCAAUCCCUUCAGGCGGCCCCUCCUUCCCCCCGACAGGAGGAAAACCGAACUCCAGAAACAUUUGUAUUCGUCUGCAUUGGUGAGGUCGGUUAUGGAAAAUGAGAGGCAGAUAAUCCUUGCGCCUAGCAGGAGAUGGAUGAAGUACAUUCGGCUGACAGAAGCAUUAUUUGCCCAGGAUACGCCUAGAGGCCGGAGGGACUCCGCAAGAACGAAGAGCUAA